UGAAGGAAGUUCAGAGAAGAUGCGCGAGGGUUUUGUCCUGCUCCGCUCUGCUCUGUUACGCGCUUGAAGAUUAAGAUGGAGAUGAUGAUGCGCAACUUCAAAUGGAUACGAUGCCCCCUCUUUCAACAGGUACCUUCUCCUCAUCCUCAUCCUCCUCAUUCUUCCAAACAAUACUCCAAAACCUCCUCAUCUCAACAUGAACACACACAGAAACAGGACAAACCCCCUCCUCACAUUACCCACAAAUUUAAUGUCAAGCACUUCACUGAGUAUAUUACUGCCCUCUGUAAAUCGGAAAACACGAACAAGGCCUGGGACCUUGUACAUUCAGCCAUGUCGUAUCCUUCACCGCGCUUUUGGGUGGCCUUGGAAAAUCUGGUGAUAUCCCUCGAAUCAACACCCUUCUUGCUGAAAUGAAAGAGAUGGAAAUACAUCCAGAUGUUGUCACUUAUAACACCCUCAUAAAGGCUUCGUGUAAACGGGAUCAAAUAGAGGAAGCACUUGUGAUUUUUCACGGAAUGAGGCACGUUCAUUGUUUCCCUAAUAUCGUUACAUACAGCACCCUAAUUGAUUGGAUAUGUAAAAGAGGUAGAGUAGAUGAAGCCCUUGUAUUGUUUGCUGAGAUGAUACAAACUGGCAUUUUUCCAGAUAUUAUUGUGUGCAGUACCCUAAUAAACGGUCUCUGCAUGGUGGGAAGGGAAGAUGAAGCCUUAAGGUUAGUAGCUGGAAUGAAACAUAGUUACUGCACUCCAGAUAUUUUUACAUACAACACCAUGGUUGAUGGUCUUUGCAAAGUAGAAAGAAUAGAUGAAGCUCUAGGAUUAGUAGGUAAAAUGUUACAAGACGGCCAUUUGCUUAACUGCUAUAUUUAUAGUAGUCUGAUAAAUGGAUUUUGCAAGGCUGGGAAAACAGACAAAGCCUACGAUCUGUUUGUACAAAUGAUGGAGUUUGGUCCUUUGCCUGAUGUAGUGACAUUUAAUUCAAUUAUUGAUGGACUAUGCAAAGAUGGCAGGAUGGACAAGGCUUGGAAUUGUUUCCAUGACAUGUCGAGAAGGGUUUACAACCAAAUGAGUAACAGGGCAAAGGAAGCAUUUACACUUAUUUCUGAGAUGGAAAAUAGGGGACAUGUUCCUGAUCAUACACCAAAGUCAUUGACGGCAGGAGAUUUUUCUAGAGCACUUUCAUUCUUUAAUAAGAUGCUAGAUGAAGGCUUGACUCCUAAUGUAGUCACUUAUAGCUGUCUGAUUGAUGCCCAUUGCAAAAAAGGUGAAAUAGAUAAGGCCUUGAAGUAUUUUUCAAAGAUGAAAGUGGUUGGUAUUGCCCCAGAUGUUGUAACCUAUAAUAUAUUGAUUGGUUCUCUAUGCAAGGAAAAUAAUUUAGAUCCAGACGUUAUAACAUACAAUAUAUUAUUAGACACCUUCCGUGAAAGACAUGACCUUGAAAAAACGUUUUGGGUGAUGGAUCAAAUGAAGAAAGAAGGUUGUGCUGCAAGUGAUGCAACUGUCCGGAUACUUGACUGGCUGGUUAAAGUUGGUAAAAUGUAAAAAUUAAAGGACUUUGUAAAUGAUGAGUGCCAGCAUAGUUCUCAUGUUUUGGUGAGUGGCAGCCAUUCAAAAUGGCUCUUGGAUUUAGAUUUUCCCAGUUGUAGAAAUUGAUUGAUAUGCAUUAAUUUUAGUGUUACUCAUGUAUAGAACUAUUCUCUUGUAAAGGAUGGGAAAGUUAUUUUGAUAA